AUGGCCGCCUACAUGCAAGCCUCACAGACCCUGGCAGUCUGUGGCUCCUCUGUCGGCGACAACAUCAAUCACAGCGAUGAGAGCGACAAGGAUGAAAGUGACGACAAUGACACCAGCGACAGAAUCGGUAGUAGUAGCAGCAGCGAUGAGGGGGAGGAGGAGGGCGACACCCAUGAUACGUUAGGCUUGGCGACUGUCAAUCACUUCCAUCCUUUCAUCGAACGCUACCAACGGAUGUGCGACCUCAUCGAGAGGUAUGGCCAAGGCCGAACCAUCAAGGACGUCGGGCCUUGGGACCUGUCUGGCCUCAUCCGCUUGACACCAAAAGACCGAAUACAACCGGGCCAAGCGGCAAGACGACAUCCGCAAUACACGGUCGAGGCCGAGGACCUGGCCUUCUUGGAUUUGAUGCUUAUGGCCGAGCGCAGCGUGACGCAGGCCUUUGCCCUCGAGGUCUACGCCACCCGACACGACAUACCCUUUAUGACUGUGCUCAAGGACACGCCGCGCCUUUACCGACAGUAUUGCGAGUACCUGGCCAACUGCAUCUACCACCACCAUCUGGCGUGCCGCGAAGAGGCCGCCUCUUGCCUCAGAGCCCCUCACACCCAUCCGCUCACUACAGCCAGCACCAGCAACUAUGAUCAUAAGGACGAAGAAGAAGGAGAAGGAGGCUGCUUUUAUACACAUUAA